ACUCUAUGGAAACUUGAUGGACUUGAGGAUAGAAUAAAAGCUCAUAGCGAUUUCAUAGAUUCUAUCAUAAGUUUAAUACCUCCUAAACAUUACUUUAAAAAUUAUCCUAGCAUUUCAGACGAUGAGGACAAGCAAUCUCAUCAUAAAAGAAAAAAAUUUUCCAAAGAAGCUCUCAAG